AUGCCCUUCCAAACCACCCACCCGUCCGAUCUCUCUCCCUUCUUCCCAUCUCUACAACCCUCCCCGGAUCCCGCCUCCUCCGCAAUCCAAACCUCCCCAGACCCCCCUCCCGCGCUCACCAAGCCGUCCCUUCCGCCCGGCUCCAGUGCAACCCAGCCGGGGGGGGCAUCAGACUCGACAAUUGCUCUACCCUCUGAUCCUUCCAAAUCAGAUCCUAACCACUCUAGUGGCGAUUCUUCCAAGUCGGAUCCAGGCCUUUCCAGUGAUCCCACGGAGCUAACAACGCCUAUUCCCACGCGAGGUGGCGGGCUUGGGGGUCUGCUGCAGCUCAGCGAUCCCUCCGCUCCCCUUCCUCCGCCUCCCAACCCGUCACUAUCACCAUCACCGCCACCGCCCUUCCCCUCUCCCCCUUCUCGCCCGUCUCCGUCCGCUCCCAAGCAGCCCUCUCGUGGGUCUUCCUCAACCCAAACCCAACCAACCCCUGCUCUCCAUCCGCCACCAGGACCGCCCAUUUCUAACAGCAGCAGAAACAGCAGCAACAACAGUAGUAGCAGAAGUAACAGCAGCACACCGUUUCUGUAUCCUCCAUCCCGACCCUCCUCCUUCCCUCCCCCACCCCCUCUCCCUACCGACCCGCUCACCUCCUCCACCCCCUCUGCCGCCCUCUCCACGCCUCUCUUCAUCGGCCUACUAGUGGGUGCCUCGCUGCUCCUCUCCGCCCUCCUCCUCAUGCUCUACUGCUUCGUGGGCGACAGACAGGACAGGCCAGGGCCCAGGCGCGCCUGGCUAUGGAAACCCGCGCCCCACACACACGCCUCUGCCGGUCCGGGUAGUGCCGGUGCUGCGUCUGGCUCAGCUGGUUCUGGGGCUGGCCCCUCUGGGAAUGGAGAUACGGCUGCCCCUUCUGCUGGGGGGAAUGCACCUGUGGUUAGUUGUUCUGGGGAUGGUGGGGUGGGAAGCGAUGGCAGCGGCGGCUUGUCGUCUCAAUCGCUGUCCAGUCAAGAGCAUUGUGACCCUGAGGCUGGCGGGGGAGAGAGGGCGGAGGAAGGGGAGGGGGGGAAGCAGAAGCGGAAAGGGAAGAGGUGGAGGAUUGUUCGGAUUGGGAAAACAGGUUCGGGUGGUGCAGGAAGUGAGUUAGACCCGCUGAUCGGAAGCAUGGCGAUGACGUCGGGAUUUGGGUUGCAGUCGCUGCUCAAGGAAGGGCACAAGCACCUGACGGGGUUAGAGGAGGCGGUUCUAAAGAACAUCGAGGCGUGCAAGCAGCUCUCGCACAUCACGCGCACGUCGCUGGGACCCAAUGGCAUGAACAAGAUGAUCAUCAACCACCUUGACAAGCUGUUCGUGACGAGCGACGCGGCGACCAUAGUCGCGGAGCUGGAGGUGCAGCACCCGGCGGCGAAGCUGGUGGUGCUGGGGGCCAAGGCGCAGCAGGAGGAGGUGGGCGACGGCGCCAACACGGUGGUGUCGCUGGCGGGGGAGCUGCUGGCAGGCGCGGAGGAGCUGAUCCGGUCGGGGCUGCACCCGAGCGAGAUUAUCGCUGGAUACGCCAAGGCGACGGAUAAGCGGAAAUGCUCAUGCAGUGGGGCUUGCAGCCCUGCGAGAUCAUUGGGGGGUACAAUGACAAGGAGUGAGGGGUUUGAUAAAAGUGACAUUCAAGGAAGCACGGUCUCUUCUGCGUCACCCUUCCCACCUUACCCCCACCCUUCCCACCUUACCCCCACCCUUCCCACCUUACCCCCACCCUUCCCAUCUCACCCCCACCCUUCCCACCUUACCCCCACCCUUCCCACCUUACCCCCACCCUUCCCACCUUACCCCCACCCUUCCCAUCUCACCCCCACCCUUCCCACCUUACCCCCACCCUUCCCACCUUACCCCCACCCUUCCCACCUUACCCCCACCCUUCCCAUCUCACCCCCACCCUUCCCACCUUACCCCCACCCUUCCCAUCUCACCCCCGUGCGUCCCCUUCCCUUGUCGCCCGCUAACCAGGUGUUGGAGGAGCUCGAGACGCUGGUGGCGGAGGGCAGUGACAAGGUGGACGUGCGGAGCAAGACAGGCAGAGGUGUCUUAUCCAUGCUGCACCCUCUUGUUCCCCACCCCCGCUCACGUCUCUCCCCCAUGCGUUCCCUUCCCGUAUCACCUGCUUCCCAGGUGUUGGAGGAGCUAGAAACGCUGGUGGCGGAGGGCAGUGACAAGGUGGACGUGCGCAGCAAGGCGGAGGUCGAGAAGCGCCUCGUGGCGGCCGUGGCCAGCAAGCAGUUCGGCAGUGAGCCCGUGCUGUGCCCUCUCAUUGCUGACUGGCUCCUCGUGCCGGCGCUUGCCAGCAAGCAGUUCGGCAGCGAGCCCGUGCUGUGCCCUCUCAUUGCUGACGUGAAUGUGCCGAGAAUGCGUGCUGGAAUCACCUGUGGAGAAGCUGGGUGCUACCUGCUCACCGCGCUUGCGUGCAUGCAGGCAUGCAUGCAGGUGUGUCCCAGCAACCCCAACAACUUCAACGUGGACAAUGUGCGAGUGGCCAAGAUACUGGGCGGGGGGCUGCAUGACUCCAAGGUGGUGCGAGGCAUGGUGCUCAAAACGGACACCACGGGGACCAUCAAGCACACCACCAAGGCCAAGAUCGCGGUGUUUGGAACGGGAAUCGACACACAAGCCACGGAGACCAAGGGCACGGUGCUCAUUGAGAAUGCCGAGCAGCUGGAGAACUACGCCAAGUCGGAGGAAGCGAGGGUGGAGCAGGCGAUAAGGGAGGUGGCGGAGUCAGGGGCGACGGUGGUGGUGAGCGGGCAGACCGUGGGCGAAAUGGCUCUGCACUUCUGCGAGCGAUACAAGCUCAUGGUGCUCAAGAUCUCCUCCAAGUUUGAGCUCCGGCGGUUCUGCCGCACCACUGGCGCCGUCUCCCUGGUGAAGCUACAGAAGCCAACAGCAGACGAGCUGGGCUUUGCGGACUCUGUUUCGGUGCAGGAGAUAGGCGGCAGCACGGUGGUGGUGGUGGAGAACGAGUCAGGAGGCAACCUGGUGGCGACGGUGGUGCUGCGGGGCAGCACGGACAGCAUUCUGGACGAUGUGGAGCGGGCUGUGGAUGAUGGCAUCAACACCACGGACAGCAUUUUGGACGAUGUGGAGCGGGCAGUGGAUGAUGGUAUCAACACGUACAAGGUGAGACGCAUGGAGGUCUGCUUGGGCAGCACGGAGGACAGCAUUCUGGAUGAUGUGGAGCAAGCAGUGUAUGAUGGGAUCAACACGUACAACGUGAGACGCAUAGGGAUCUGGUAUUUGAGCCGAGUGCUGCCUGGGGGAGGGGCGACUGAGAUUGAGUUGGCCCGACGCCUCAAGCAGUUUGCACGGACGCAAGUGGGGUGA